GCCGCAUCACGAUUCGAAAGGCCAACAUCUCCCAGCCCACCCUCAUUCCGAGGGGGGCAGCGUUCAGCCUUCCUGAGACGAGAGCGACGCCUCUGAAGGAGUCUAUGAUGCGGAAAAGUCUGCAUAAAAAGCUGUUGGGGCACAAACGCAACGCGAGUGAGCCCACCCUCUCCAGCCAGCCCAUCAUGUCGACAUCCAGCCGGCCACCCUUCGAGGUGCGCCUUCGAUGGGGCAAGGUUCCCUCGAACAACACUUCGUGCCCCGAAUCCUCGACAAGUCUAAAUAGGGCCGGACUUCGCCGGCGUGCGUCGUCUGUAAGGUUCAGUCUGACCACCAACCCAGGAGCCUCCAACGACUCAUGGUUUGUCAACCCACGCGAUGACUAUCCCUGCAUCGUCUUUGAAGGUGAAGACGCCAACGAGGACGAUGAUGCCUCCGUAUACUCCCACAAAGCCAGCUCAACACAUUAUCUAGAGCAGAAACCACUACCACCGAUACCUCCAGAGUAUCGGGAUCUCCUUGGUCUCCAGCUACCGGAACAUACCGGCGAGCUGGAGCCAGCUCGCGAUGACAACUCUGAGGUGCGGCCACUAUCGACUAUGAGUGGCGUCAUGACAAAGGAAAUGGUAGCGGCCUUCCUUGAGAGAAUACCUGAGGACGAGGAGGCCGUCGACCGAGAGGUCGUGGUGGAGUGGUGGGACGAUGAGGAUACAAACGACGAAAAUACCGAGCAUCAAUCAAUCGGCUCGGAUGAGGCACGAAGUGCUUUUCAAUUCUUCCUUGAUAAUUUCGGGGAGGACUUUUUCCCCGCCCAUCGAUUCUCUGCAGGUAUCUUCUCGCUGCACAACACAGUAACAUCCACUGGUACCACAAAUGUCGAAGUUACUUCCAACCGCGCUUCGACGGUAACUCCUGUCGAAGAAGUCAUGACCUUGAGUCGUUCAGUCCCAGAGACGAGGUCGAUGGAAAGGUCCAAACACGAUGAUGCAAUCCGAGAGACUGGUGCAGGACCUCGCCGCCCCGGUCUAGAGGGGCGGCGUUUGACCAUGGACGAGUUUCAGCAACAAAUGCUCAGGAACUCGAGGCGAAGUGGAAAGUUUUUCAACGACAUCUCGGACACCGAAGAUUUGAAAGCACGAGCGGAUGACUAUGACGAGGACCUUUUCCCGAUGGACGAAGAGGCCGACAUCUCGCGGCCCAUCCCCUUGCCUGAGAGGGGAGUUUUCAGCCUUCCGGAUACAAGGGAGGUUCCUCUACGAGAGGAUAUGAUGAGGAGAAACUUGCAGGGGAGAGCGUCUGGUCACAGACGCAAUGCAAGUGAACCUGUUCCCAACGUCCAGCCCACCCCGUCUACCUCCAGCCAGCCCACCUCCGUAGCGCGACUUCGGUUGGGCAAGGCUCCUUAUAAUACAAUCCAACAUUCCUUGAAACCCGGAUUCCCUAUGGGAUCAAGGGACCCUAUACAUCCCCGCCCACCGUCGUCGGUCGUGCUUGGGCUGGGCACAAGGCCAGAGAUCCCACACAACAUGAGGUCGACUGAUCUUCACAAACGGUGGAUUCCUAUCAUGCUGGCCAAGCCUGAGGACUCCCAGCCCGACAUCGUCUCGGUCAAUGACCGUGAGUCUGAGGAUGGAAACUACGUUAGUAGUACAGACGGCGUUUCUAUCGACGACGCCGUAGACUACGUGCUGGACGUAGAGUACCAGGAGGAGAACGCGGAGAUGGAAACAGCGCUGGACGACAAGUCCAUGACAAGACCGGUAUCAACCUAUAGUCGACGAAUGUCUUACAGGGUCUCGGCCGAUGUGGCAGCCCUGCUCGCGGGGGAUGAUUUCCUGGCGGGCGGGGAAGUUCGCCGUGAUAUCUUACUCGAGUGCGACACCAGUAAUCAAAUGGACACAACGGACCCUGUUUUUAUUGCCAUCCAUGCCUUGCGUCAAGGCUUUGACGCGGAUUAUUGCCUGCCAUCGCCUGUCCCAGAGGUUGUGGAAGGCGACAACAUCUCGGUGAGCGACACGAUACGGUUUACCGAGUUUGAGCCGCCUUUCCCAGGCCACAUUUCUGUGGCCACUGAGGUUGAGGUGCCGGUGCUCCUGAGUCGUUCAGUUCCGGGGAGGCGAAUGACAGACAGCUCUGUCCACUAUGGGACCAAUAGAGGCAUUGGCGUGGGUCCUCGUCGUCCUAGCUUGGGAGAUCGGCGCCCAAGUGCGGACGAGGUCGAACAACAGAGAAAAAAACGGAGCGCGAUUCUAUUUGGCGAUCAUAUCCAGGUCGAGAGCCUCGAAAACUUUUGCGACUCUGAGGACGCAGAGUAUGUUGAGGAGCCAAUGUUCAUGAUGGAUAAGGUCGAGGACUGA